CCUCAAACUCUCCAAUGGUAGCACGUAUAGAGUUGAAACUUGGUAUGUAUGCCUAUUAUAUCAUUUCCAUGACAAUUACAUGUUUCCAUGACGACAGCAUUUUGUUUGAAGCCUCAGGCAAUUUUCUUUAAAACCACUUCUUCACUCCUCAAACUUGUAACUGUAGCACACAUGGAGGUGAAACUUGGUGCGCAUGCGUAUUACAUCGUUUCCAUGACGACCACAACAACAAUUAGCCUCAGGCACUUUUCUUUAGAAUAUACUCCUUCACUCCUCAAACUUGCUAACUGUAGCACGCAUGGAGGUGAAACUUGGUGUAUUACAUCGUUUCUAUGACGACCACAACAAGUAGCCUCAGGCAAAAAUUACUUCUUCACCCCUCAAACUCAC